AUGAAGCGAGUGGUGAAGCCAGCAAAACUUUUUUAUGACGUUAUCGUCAUUGGCGGGGGUCAUGCUGGUUGUGAGGCUGCCGCAGCAUCAGCGCGUGUUGGGGUUAGGACUGCAUUAAUUACUCAUCGCAUCGAAGCUAUAGGUGAAAUGUCCUGUAACCCAAGUUUUGGAGGAAUCGGAAAGGGUCACCUUGUCCGUGAAGUUGACGCUUUGGAUGGGUUAUGUGGUAGAAUAUGUGACAAGUCUGCAAUCAGUUAUCGGGUUCUGAAUGCCGCUGCAGGACCCGCUGUGCUAGGCUUGAGAGCGCAGAUUGAUCGUGCGUUGUAUAAAAAAAACAUGCAAGAAGAAGUUUUUUGUAAUAUACCAAAUUUGACAACUCUGGAAGGUUCUGUGGAUGAUUUGAUUCUGGAUGAAGACGAAAAUGGUAAACAGUGCGUUUCCGGUGUUUUAUUGGAUAAUGGGAAAGUCAUUCAUUCAAAAAGUGUUGUUUUAACAUGCGGAACUUUCCUUGGUGGUGUGAUUUUCUAUGGGACGAAGAAGGAUUUUGGAGGGCGGUUUGGUGAUAAGGCCUCUGUAUCACUCUCACGAACCCUAUCUCGAUUGGGUUUCAAGUUGGGUCGUUUGCGUACUGGCACGCCACCUCGUCUUCUAAAGCACAAAAUUGAUUUUAAUAAAUUUAUACCGUUGUUUCCCGAUAGAAACCCGAUUCCCUUUUCGUUUCUUACAAAAGAAGUGUGGCUUCCUCCAGAAAAACAACGAGUGGCCGAAAUUGUCCGAACAAAUUUUCAUAGCGGUAAUUACAUACGAAGUGAUUUAAAUGGUCCUCGUUACUGCCCUUCUUUAGAAUCAAAGAUUAUGAAAUUUGGAUCGCUAAAUCACAGGGUUUUCUUGGAAGCUGAAGGUCUUCAGUCUGAACUUGUGUAUCCGCAAGGUAUGUCAAUGACUUUCGGUGCAGACGUCCAAUUGGAGGUGCUGCGGGCAAUUCCUGGCUUGGAAAAAGUUGAAAUUACACAACCUGGGUAUGGAGUUGAGUACGACUUUGUUAACCCACAGCAACUCAAGAGUUCUCUAGAAACAAAAACAGUGAGAGGAUUAUUUUUUGCUGGUCAAAUAAAUGGCACAACUGGCUAUGAAGAAGCAGCUGCUCAAGGUGUGUUGGCUGGUGUAAAUGCGGCUAAUACCUGUAAUGGAAAAGAGCCUCUUCUAAUAGACCGUACUGAAGCUUACUUGGGAGUUCUUGUCGACGACUUAACUAGCCUCGGGACCAGUGAGCCGUAUAGAAUGUUUACUUCACGAGCAGAAUUCCGCCUUCUUCUUAGGCCUGAAAAUGCCGAUUUGCGACUUACGGAAAAAGGUUAUUUGGUGGGUGCGGUGGGCAAAAAACGUUAUGAUUCUUUUUGCAAAGUUCGGUCAGAUAUGGAGAGUGCUAGAGAGACUUUGAAAAGCAUUAAAUUUCCGUUGCAUAAAUGGAAAAGUUUAAUUCCAUCGCUAACCUGCACAAGGGGUUUAACAAAAGUUUUAAGCGCAUACGAUAUGCUUUAUCGGCAUAACAUCACUCUGAAUGACAUUGAAGAUGCUGUUCCAAAAUCUCUUACAGCGUUUUUGGGCAAUCAGGAUUUGGAAUUUCGUCUACGUACGGAGGCGUCUUAUGAGGCACAACACAUCGUUCUGAAGGAGAAGAUAAAUGAAGUUAAGAAAGAGUGUGCAACGCCUAUUCCUAAAACGAUAGAUUAUUCGAAGGUAGCCUUAUCUGAUGAGUGUCGAGAAAAACUACAGGAGUGGCAGCCGCAGAAUUUAGCUGCAGCUUCAAGAAUUCCGGGAAUGACCCCAGAAGCAUUAAUUAGGAUUUUAAACCAUAUCAGAUACAUAACAGCAUAUUCAAACAGUAGCAGUUAGCU